AUGGCGGGGUGCAGGGGGUCCGUGUGCUACUGUUGCAGGUGGUGCUGCUGCUGCGGCGAGCGGGAAAGCCGCACCCCCGAGGAGCUGACCAUCCUUGGGGAGACACAGGAAGAGGAGGAUGAGAUCCUUCCAAGGAAAGACUAUGAGAGUUUGGACUAUGACCGCUGCAUCAACGACCCUUACCUGGAGGUUUUGGAGACCAUGGAUAACAAGAAAGGGCGAAGGUACGAGGCGGUGAAGUGGAUGGUGGUGUUUGCCAUUGGAGUCUGCACUGGACUGGUGGGUCUUUUUGUGGACUUCUUUGUGCGACUCUUCACCCAACUCAAGUUUGGAGUGGUUCAAUCAUCGGUGGAGGAGUGCAGUCAGAAAGGCUGCCUCGCCCUGUCCCUCCUUGAGCUCUUGGGUUUUAACUUGACCUUUGUCUUCCUGGCCAGCCUUCUUGUCCUGAUAGAGCCAGUGGCAGCAGGUUCUGGGAUCCCUGAGAUCAAAUGCUAUCUGAAUGGUGUGAAGGUACCAGGAAUUGUCCGGCUCCGGACCCUGCUCUGCAAAGUUUUCGGGGUGCUCUUCAGUGUGGCUGGAGGGCUCUUUGUGGGGAAAGAAGGCCCCAUGAUCCACAGCGGUGCCGUGGUGGGAGCUGGCCUUCCACAGUUUCAGAGCAUCUCCUUACGGAAGAUCCAGUUUAACUUUCCCUAUUUCCGAAGUGACAGAGACAAGCGGGACUUUGUGUCUGCGGGGGCAGCUGCUGGGGUUGCUGCAGCAUUUGGGGCCCCAAUUGGGGGUACCUUAUUCAGUCUGGAGGAGGGCUCAUCCUUCUGGAACCAAGGGCUCACAUGGAAAGUGCUCUUCUGUUCCAUGUCUGCCACCUUCACCCUCAACUUCUUCCGUUCUGGGAUUCAGUUUGGAAGUUGGGGUUCCUUCCAGCUGCCUGGAUUGCUGAACUUUGGCGAGUUUAAGUGCUCUGACUCUGAUAAAAAAUGUCACCUCUGGACAGCUAUGGAUUUGGGUUUCUUCGUCGUGAUGGGGGUCAUUGGGGGCCUCCUGGGAGCCACAUUCAACUGUCUGAACAAGAGGCUUGCAAAGUACCGCAUGCGCAACGUGCACCCGAAACCUAAGCUUGUCAGAGUCUUAGAGAGCCUUUUGGUGUCCCUGGUAACCACCGUGGUGGUGUUCGUGGCCUCAAUGGUCUUAGGAGAAUGCCGGCAGAUGUCCUCUGCGAGUCAAAUCAGUAAUGGCUCAUUCCAGCUCCAGAUCACAUCAGAAGAUGUGAACUCAAGCAUCAAGACAUUCUUUUGUCCCAAUGAUACCUACAAUGACAUGGCCACACUCUUCUUCAACCCCCAGGAGUCUGCCAUCCUCCAGCUCUUCCAUCAGGACGGGACUUUCAGCCCCGUCACCUUGGCCUUGUUCUUUGUCCUCUAUUUCCUGCUGGCAUGUUGGACUUACGGCAUUUCUGUCCCAAGUGGCCUCUUUGUGCCAUCUCUGCUGUGUGGAGCUGCUUUUGGACGCUUAGUUGCAAAUGUCCUAAAAAGCUACAUUGGACUCGGUCACAUCUAUUCAGGGACCUUUGCCCUGAUUGGUGCCGCAGCUUUCUUGGGUGGGGUCGUGCGGAUGACCAUCAGUCUCACAGUCAUCCUGAUUGAGUCCACCAAUGAGAUCACCUAUGGGCUUCCCAUUAUGAUCACCCUGAUGGUGGCCAAGUGGACAGGGGACUUUUUCAAUAAGGGCAUUUAUGACAUCCAUGUGGGACUGCGAGGUGUGCCACUCCUGGAAUGGGAGACAGAGGUGGAAAUGGACAAGCUGAGAGCCAGUGACAUUAUGGAGCCCAACCUGACCUAUGUCUACCCGCACACCCGCAUCCAGUCUCUGGUGAGCAUCCUGCGUACCACCGUCCACCAUGCCUUCCCAGUUGUCACAGAGAACCGGGGCAAUGAGAAGGAGUUCAUGAAGGGUAACCAGCUCAUCAGCAACAAUAUCAAGUUCAAGAGUGCCAGCCAGCCACGCCUUUCCUAUGCUGAGAUGGCCGAGGACUACCCGCGGUACCCAGACAUACAUGACCUGGACCUCACGCUGCUGAACCCUCGGAUGAUCGUGGAUGUCACCCCGUAUAUGAACCCUUCGCCGUUCACUGUCUCCCCCAACACCCAUGUUUCCCAAGUUUUCAACCUGUUCAGAACCAUGGGCCUGCGCCACUUGCCUGUUGUGAAUGCGGUGGGAGAGAUCGUAGGGAUCAUAACACGGCACAACCUGACGUACGAGUUCCUGCAUUCCCGGCUGCGGCAGCACUACCAGACCCUCUGACAGCCCAGGCUCCUGCCACUGCCAGCCCACUCUCCUGGAGAUGCCUCUGCAGGGUGCUGUCGCACUCACUGGCCCCCACAGCUGACAUGAAGGCUCUCAGUCACCCACUUGGUCAGAAAGCCUGGAGUUAUGAACCACUUGGGGUCAGAGGUCCUGGGGAUGGUGUUGCACCAAAAGUUGGGCUUUGAUAACUUCCUGAGCAAGUAUUUUCCAUUUCCUGUUCCCCAGGCUCUUGCCAUUCUAUGUUGGCACAGGCUCCCUGAGCCAGGGCCCGAUGUAAAAUCAGAUUGGACCCUAAGGACACUUGGUGCCCCUCUGUUGCUGAUUUCUUGGAAGAGUGCAGCUGUUGCCUGAGCCCGGCAGGGAGGGGCUUGAGCUGAGGCAAACACUGGGGGUGCCAUUUGCAAAUCAGGUUUGUUUCUGAGUUCAGGAAUUGCUGAGAUAAUUCUCCAUGUCCAGGAAGGACUGCCUUUGCCAGGGGAUGGACCCCGGACUCAGCAUCCUCACUGGCCCUUGUUCUGUUUCCCAGGAGCGACACGUGCUCUGCUUGCUCCUGUGACUCAACUCUCCUCAGAACCACCACUGACCAAGCUCACAAAGCAUUAGCUCCCACUAACAGCCUCUGGACCAUAAACUCCAUCGUAGAGCGACAGUGCCAUCUCCCCUCGCUAGUCCCCACACACCGCUUCUGGCCUCUCUCUCACUCUCCGUCCUUCCUUUCCUUCCCAUAACUUACUACACUUCCUGCGUUUUGUCUCCACCUUCCCUGUGGGGCAGCCACAGCUUAGUCUUGGCCUCAUUCCCAAAGUUAGCCCAAAACAAGGACCCCCUAGACAAAGCCAUCACUCAGAGUCCUCCUACAAGCUGGCCAGCAGACUGUCCUGAGCCAGGGCCACUCGAAAGGUAGCGCCUUAGAGGAAAGCAGAUGGCUCCCUUCCCGUCACUGUUCCCACCCUGCUCCCUGCCCUACUCCCCACUCACCUCCCUCUGCUGAGGGCUCUUCCUCAGCAGCUGCUGGGCUGCAGGGCUGGGAGGAGUUGGGGGGUGCUCCUGCCCUGUGGCUGAGGUGAGUGGAAGAAACGCAGUAGUUUUUGAUGGCCUCAUUCUCUGCUGGGUGCCUCGGUUCCCACAGUGAACACCUGGGUAGGGACACUCAUCCUCCUGCAACCUACGGUCCCCGUGGCAGCUGUUCUUUAGGACCCUAGAUGGCAUUCACUUUCAUUUAGUGGUUUUUAAACCAUGGAAGUUGCUAGAGGGUAAAAGAGUAUCUGGGCCUGGGCACAGUCAGCCCUGGCUGGACAGGGGCUUGUGCUCAGCACGUUCUGGGGGCUUAUUCCCCAGCCACAACGGGACCAUUCCAGAUGACAGCAACUUGUGCCCUCUCCAUUCUCCCUAUUUAUCUUUUUGACCAAAAUGACCCUGACUUGUUCGUUUUUCAGCUUGUCCAGAUGCCCGAACUUGUGAACGGGGGCAGUACCCCCAGAUAGAGGGGAACUCGCACCUUUGUGAAGCAGGUUCGUUAUAUGACUGAGUGUAGAGCCUGCCUCGUUGUCUUUCAUCAAGAACACCAGUUCCCACACGAAGAGAAGGACGUGAGGGCCUUAGCAUUCUUUGUGCCCUGCUGGGUUUGCAGAGCAGGAUCCCUUCAGAGGACCCUGAGUCCCAGCCUCCUGCCUAGAAGCCAGCCCUGGUGACCUGUUGGAAUUUGUCCAUCCUAUACCUGCUUGUCACCCAUCAGUUUUGCCCAGGUAGAGUGCAGAUACCUCCACCCUAGAGGCCUGAGCCCAGCCCCUCUGGGACACAAUUUCCUGUGCUGAACCUGCCCUUUCCAGAAAAGUCCAGAGAAUACAACUCCCCUUGUGACCAGUAACUGUAAACCUUGGCCCCGUCCCUAUUGCUGUCCUCAGAAACCAGUGACUUGCCACAGCACCUUGUCAAAUAAAUUCAGUGAUGUCUGAGGUUGGUUGGAGGGGUUCCCUGGGUUUCUUCUCCACAGGCAUUCUGUGGCUCACUAGCUGAGGUGUCUGAGGCUGACAGGCAGACCCCGUCCUGCUGUGGGAGUUUGUGUGUUUUGAGACCUCUGCUUGUGACCUUGUCUAGCAGUUUCAGCUGGAACCAACAGACAUUAGCUUGACUCAGCCAACCAUGUGACAGUUCUGAUGCACAAUUGAAUUGCACACUGACAGCCCUUAGUGACAAGAAAGCCUCUGGGAAGGCCAGCAGGGCCUUCCUGGCCAUGUUGACGUGCAGUAUUGCCCCUCGGCUCCUGUGGACCUCGGUAUUUACAGCCACAGCUUCCACCUUUCCGUUGGCGUUGUUUAUAUGGUAACACUAGCUAAUUCCAUUGUGUAUAUAAUGGAUUUUUUUAAUUUGUAAAAGUCUAUUUUUAUUUCAACUUUUGGAAGUUGGAAGUUCUCGUGGUAACAUGUCAGAAUAAAACGCACCUGUCUGCUCUUUUGA